AUGCCGAAACGGAAUCAAAUUAUUCAAACCCCAAUUUCAACGGCUACGAGUCACUCGGAUGAAGAGUCAAUGACGGAAGAUGUUGAGAAACCAUUCCAGCCCAACUCGGAAUUGUCAUCGUCUUCCAUUUUUCGUUGGUGCUUUUCCAUCAAGUUUUGUUUAUCCUUUCUGAUUGCCGUGUUCAUCUUGUUUGGAGUGGUCAUUAUUUCUGCGGUAUGGCUUGGAACUUUGAUCCCACCCAAUGUGGUUCUGAGUCAGGAUGUCAGACGUGCUGAUUUCAAUGGAAUCAUUUCCAAGAUUUCACGUACUUUGCAAGAAGUUGAAUUAUCGACAGAAGCCAUGAAAAGUCAAAUGAAUCCCUUGUUGGAUUUUAAUGAUUUUGAAAAAUUUGAACUGGCUCUCUAUUCUGCAUACAAGUAUGAUUUUCAGAAAACACAAGGGUUGGUAAAAACAUCACAUUUUGGAGACAAUAAGGGUAAUGGAAUUGGAAUGACCAUGAUUCCUAGUAUGGGUCCAAUUCUCUUCAAUUUCACUCCAGCUCAGGCAGUUGUUUACUUUUGCAAUCCAGAUUUUGACAAGUAUGACCAUUGUAAGAGAAAUGCAGCACCUGACAUGGUGUCCAGCUCUGGAAGCACUGCAGAUUUUAUGAAUCGUUGCAAUGCCUACCCAAAUCUGUCAUCAUGGUUUCAAAGUUUUGUAAUGGAAACAAGUGUGAAUUUUGACACUUUUGUAAACUUUGUGACUUGUUUCAAGUUGGAUGUGCCUGAUGCUAAAGGAAACAAAUUUAGACAAUUCUUUUACAAAUCUUUGACUGUGGUGAGCUUUUCAGAGUAUUUGCACAAUAUGACCAUGACUAUUAGCGGUUCCAAGAGCUUCAUUGUCGAACUUGGUACUGAUUAUCUAUUAGCAAUCGACAAACCUGACGUAAAAAUGACCAUCAAAAACACAAAUGGAAAAGUAGAAAGGAAGACAGCAAUUACUGUCGAGGAUGAAAAAACAAAUUCCGUUGCCAAGUACAUUUAUACAUAUUUGAACAACAACUUGUCAUCCUUGACAUGUAACACACACGUGACCAUUGAAUCAUCGACUGAUUACAUUUCCAUGUAUCGAUUAUGCACUGCUUCAGAGCUCAACUGGCUCUUUGUCUUGUCCAUUCCUAAAUGGAAUUACGACAAGUCUAUCAUUAUCGGUGUUCUUGUUGCCAUUGGAUGUGCAUGCAUCAUUACAGUGUUUGGUUUGACCUUUUCAACUGUAAUCUCCUUGAAAAUCGUAAAACCUUUCUACAACUUGAUGGAACAAUUCGAAGCCGUUUCCAACAUGGACCUUAACAGCGUCAAAGUCCAUUCAAGCAAAUUCUAUGAAGUCAAUCAAUUGCAAAAACACUUUUUAGAUAUGAUUGGAAUGAUCAAACAAUAUAGAGCUUUCAUUCCAGCUCAUUUAUUAUCUCAAAUAGAGCAGCAUAAUAGUGGGGCCAAAUACGAGACCACUUCAACAAAGCAAGCAGCAGAAUCGAAAGAUGAACUUGCUUCCAGAGGUCAAGCCUCACACGCUGCAGAAUCCUCAUCGACUUCUGACAUGAACAAAUCAAGUUUGAAACGACUCUCUUCCAAACUUUCGAACGUUGCCAAACGAAAUGGUUCCAACAUGUUUUCUCUGUUUUUUGAAAAGAAGAAAAUUACUCACAUGUUAAUUCAUAUGCAAGGAUUUUCACAGAUUUUGACACAAGUGGAAAAUCCAACGAGCUGUAUUGAGUUUUUGUCCCAAGUUUUUGAGCAAGUGAAUACUGUGUGUAGAGUGAGUGGAGGGCUGAUUGGUGGCUUUUCAAAUGAUUCCUUAACCAUUUCAUUCAAUUCAUCAUCUGACAAUGCGAAACAUAUUGAAAAAGCAGUACAAGCAGGUAAAUCUAUUUCUGAGAAACUCGCAUCGAAAUUAAAAGGAACAGACACCAAGAAGGGCCAGAAUUCCAAGUUGUCAAAUUCUCAAACGUCAUUCAGAAUUGCCAUAUGCUCCCAAGACAGUAUUUGCGGAAACGUUGGUACCAACGAAUCGAAGAGUUUCACAAUUAUUUCAAAUGCAUCACGAAAUUUGGAAGCAAUGAUUGCAGUGGCGUGUCAUUUCGAUACGGGCAUACUUGUGAGCGAAACAGUCCACCAAACCAUUCAAUCAUUGUAUCACACAAGAUUUGUUGAAAGCAUUCCAAACAUUCCAGACGAUGAAUAUUCCUCACUGGAGUGGACAAGUAGCUUGGCUGGAAACUCGUCUUCACUUCCAUGGCAUUUUGGAGACAUUUCCUCACACAAAUCCUCGAAUAUUUACGAGGUUGGAGAACUUUCUGCACACAACGCUGAUGAAUGGAUGUAUGAAAUGCAAGAACAAGAGAAGAAGGCGAUUUGGAAAAAGUACAACAUGGCUUGUAAAUACAUGCUGACAGAUCAUGAUCUAUCUCAAGCGUUGAGCUUGCUCCAGGAAUUCAGUGAUGAGCAGCAUGGUACUGAUAAAUUGGCUUUGCAUCACAUUGAAAAAUGCAAACAAAGAAUACAAUAA